AUGGACACUGUUGCUCCACAUGUACUCAUAGUUGAUGACACCUUUGUUGAUCGCCUUGUGGCAUCUCGAGUCUUAAAGAGUUGUAACAUUCAAGUGACAAUUGUGGAGGGCCCAAAGCAAGCCUUGGAUUUUCUAGACGUGGAGAAUGAUGUAAAGCUGAUUCUAACCGAUUAUUGUAUGCCUGGUAUGACUGGGUAUGAUCUUCUGAAGGAGGUGAAGGAAUCACCAAAGUUGAAGCAUAUCCCUGUGGUGAUCAUGUCUAGUGACAACAUCCCUGAAAGGAUGCAAAAGUGCCUGGAUGCAGGGGCAAAGGAGUAUAUCAUAAAGCCUAUCAAAGCUGUUGACGUGCCCCGUAUUUUGAGCUACAUUUGA